CUCCCAGGUGCCUGGCAGAGUCCUCACCAGCCCCCUGCCGGAUGUCUGGCUGGCAUCUGAGGGGACUGAACAUGGCAAGAAGCAAAACAGCAGCCCAAGAAACCAGUUUCUUCAUCUGAAACCGAGCAGGCUCUACUCCAGAACAGAACCCACAGUCCCAGGCGCUGGGCCUUCUUCUUAAGUUGGGAAAUCACUCAUCCCCGGAGAAAAAAAGAGCAAAAGCUUCCAGUACUGGGGAUGUGGGGAGAAGUUUUUUGAAAAUAUCAGCCCAAUAUAUGGGAAAAUAUGGGAUGCAGGCAUCCCCAGGUGUCAAGCGUCCAGAUCCGUAGACACACUGGGACGAUGGUGAUCAGUAUCACUCCCUCUGACUCAUCAGCCCUACACGGAAGACACCAUGCUGGUGCACAGUCGGUGCCAAACCCGCGUUUGUAAAUGAAUAAGUGUUGCUGCCCUGGUGGAAGCCCAGCUCAUGUGGAGGAAGCCAGCUUGCAGAGAGAGCAAGAACAGAGCCAGCACACACAUUGGAGCAAAGGCAAGGGCAGAUGGAAAGUUCUGGCGGCAUCAUGCCAAGGCUCCCAUCCGAGGCCUCCCUGAACCCCACUCUCUCGGCGCCACCUUGGAUGCUACGGGCUGGUACAUUCCUCACUUGCAAAACUCUGUGGGGCUGGGUUCCUCUCUUUUCUUUCCAAAUAUCCCAGGAAGUGGAUGGUUUUAUCCAAAUUCAGCAGACGAGUAAAAAGAGUCUUCGGGAGGUGCAAUAGCUUUCCAGGAAUGAGGAUAUUCUUCAAGGAAAAUGAACCCCACACUAGGCCUGGCCAUUUUUCUGGCUGUUCUCCUCACGGUGAAAGGUCUUCUAAAGCCGAGCUUCUCACCAAGGAAUUAUAAAGCUUUGAGCGAGGUCCAAGGGUGGAAGCAAAGGAUGGCAGCCAAGGAGCUUGCAAGGCAGAACAUGGACUUUGGCUUUAAGCUGCUCAAGAAGCUGGCCUUUUACAACCCUGGCAGGAACAUCUUCCUAUCCCCCUUGAGCAUCUCUACAGCUUUCUCCAUGCUGUGCCUGGGUGCCCAGGACAGCACCCUGGACGAGAUCAAGCAGGGGUUCAACUUCAGAAAGAUGCCAGAAAAAGAUCUUCAUGAGGGCUUCCAUUACAUCGUCCACGAGCUGACCCAGAAGACCCAGGACCUCAAACUGAGCAUUGGGAACACGCUGUUCAUUGACCAGAGGCUGCAGCCACAGCGUAAGUUUUUGGAAGAUGCCAAGAACUUUUACAGUGCCGAAACCAUCCUUACCAACUUUCAGAAUUUGGAAAUGGCUCAGAAGCAGAUCAAUGACUUUAUCAGUCAAAAAACCCAUGGGAAAAUUAACAACCUGAUCGAGAAUAUAGACCCUGGCACUGUGAUGCUUCUUGCAAAUUAUAUUUUCUUUCGAGCCAGGUGGAAACAUGAGUUUGAUCCAAAUGUAACUAAAGAGGAAGAUUUCUUUCUGGAGAAAAACAGUUCAGUCAAGGUGCCCAUGAUGUUCCGUAGUGGCAUAUACCAAGUUGGCUAUGACGAUAAGCUCUCUUGCACCAUCCUGGAAAUACCCUACCAGAAAAAUAUCACAGCCAUCUUCAUCCUUCCUGAUGAGGGCAAGCUGAAGCACUUGGAGAAGGGAUUGCAGGUGGACACUUUCUCCAGAUGGAAAACAUUACUGUCACGCAGGGUCGUAGACGUGUCUGUACCCAGACUCCACAUGACGGGCACCUUCGACCUGAAGAAGACUCUCUCCUACAUAGGUGUCUCCAAAAUCUUUGAGGAACAUGGUGAUCUCACCAAGAUUGCCCCUCAUCGAAGCCUGAAAGUGGGCGAGGCUGUGCACAAGGCUGAGCUGAAGAUGGAUGAGAGGGGUACGGAAGGGGCCGCUGGCACCGGAGCACAGACUCUGCCCAUGGAGACACCACUCGUCGUCAAGAUAGACAAACCCUAUCUGCUGCUGAUUUACAGCGAGAAAAUACCUUCCGUGCUCUUCCUGGGAAAGAUUGUUAACCCUAUUGGAAAAUAAAGGAGAAUUCCUGCUUGCCACAGA